CCUUUACAGACCAUUCACGCAUGUAAACCUCGGUCACCACCAGCUUUGACCCAUCUCAACAUCACGAGUUCGUCCGUCGUUGUCGCCGACGAUCAUCCGCGCUUCAGCGACCCGACCGAAAUCCGCAUAGGCGAGAAACGUCACAGCGCACCUUGAGCGCGGCUCGGGAGAGACUUUCCCCCACGCGCAGCAAACAUUAUCCGAGCUCUGAUCGGAUCUACGCCAUUCCCGCAACGGCAUUUGGCUUUGGUUUUCACCAUGCUGCCUUCCCAGCGUCUUGCCAACGCUUCGAGGUCACGGCUAGGGCUCGGAGCUGCUGGGUCGCGCGCAAGCGCUGCAUCUACGAGUCGCCUGCAACUCAACUGCCCGCGCCACUCGGGCACGGCAGCGGCAUCAGUGCAUCCCAGCGCUCCAAACAAGGACCACCAUGCCCGAUAUUUGCACUCGAUAGCUCCGUUUGUUUCUCAGUCAAUUCACUCGCAAUUGGCGAGCAGACGCAGCUUCUCCGCUACAGCUCAAUCUUCAUUGCCGCGAUCCAAAAGCAAAGGUCUAAGCGAUGAGCAGGAAGAGGAAGACGGUGGCGUGGUGGGCCGAGAAGAGGAGGAAUCCGACCUGCAUGCUCGGCAAUCAAAGUCGAUUAAGACGCAAGACGACUCUUCCUCUUCGGGCUCAAGCAGUGGCGGUGAGAGCUCCUCCAGCAGCUCAGGCUCCUCGAGUAAUGGCAGCAGCGCAGGUGGUGGAGGCAGCGGCAGCGGCAGCGGCAGCGGCAAAGGAAGUGGCGGAGAUGGUAACAGCAGCGGAGGAGGCUCGCUUUCGCGUCAAACCGUUCCCACAGUCUAUCCUCAGGUUCUCGCGCUGCCGAUCACCCGGCGCCCACUGUUCCCAGGAUUCUAUAAAGCCGUGGUCAUCAAAGAUCCCAAUGUAUGCGCUGCGAUCCGCGAAGCGCAACAUCGGGGUCAACCUUAUGUUGGAGCUUUCCUGCUCAAGGAUGAGAAUGAUGACGCCGACGUGAUCACCGACCUCGACAAGGUCCACAAGACCGGCGUCUUUGCCCAGAUCACCAACACUUUCCCAGUGCCGAGCAGUGGUGGCAAGGGCGAGAAGGGUGAAGCUGGCAAGGCAGAAGAAGGUGAAGAAGGCUUGACUGCGGUACUCUAUCCCCAUCGAAGGAUCCACAUCGACGAGCUGAUCCACCCGAACGGUCAAGGUAUCGGAGCCCAGGGCCUUUCUCAGCCGCCUCCGCCACCCCAAGAUGUUCCCUCUGCAAUUCCAGGAAACGAAACGGAAUCUGGCAAGGGCGAGAGCGCCGAAGCGGCUGUGGCUAAACGACGAGGGGAGCUCAAAGAAGAGGAGGGCAAAGUCGAGUACAUUCCCGGUCAAGGCGUACCUUUUCAGACCUCCUUUCUGCACGACUUCAAGGUCUCGCUAGUCAAUGUUUCGAACCUCAGUCCUGCAGAGUACGAGAAGGACAGCAACGUAAUCCGCGCAGUCAAGGCGGAGCUCAUCAGCGUCUUCAAGGAUAUUGCACAGCUGAAUCCCAUGUUCAGAGAUCAAAUCGCCAACUUUAGUAUCUCGCAGGGAGCAGGGAAUGUAUUCGACGAGCCCGACAAGCUCGCAGAUUUUGCCGCCGCUGUCUCGAGCGGAGAGGUGGGAGAGCUUCAAGCCGUUUUGGAAGAGCUCAAUAUUGAGGAUCGGCUCCAAAAAGCUCUUCUCGUGCUGAAGAAGGAGCUCAUGAAUGCGCAGCUGCAGUCCAAAAUUUCGAAGGACGUCGAAGCCAAAAUCCAGAAACGACAGCGGGAGUACUACCUGAUGGAGCAACUCAAAGGAAUCAAGAAGGAGCUGGGUCUCGAGAGUGAUGGCAAAGACAGAAUGGUCGAGAAGUUCAAAGAGAAGGUUGCACAGCUGAACAUGCCUGAAGCUGCACGAAAGGUGUUUGACGAAGAGCUCAGCAAGCUCCAGACGCUCGAGCCUGCGGCAAGCGAGUUUAACGUCACUCGAGGCUACCUCGACUGGCUCACCAGUAUUCCGUGGGGCGUUCACUCUCCCGAGAACUACUCUAUUGCUAACGCUACCCGGGUCCUCAACGACGACCACUAUGGCCUUAAAGAUGUCAAAGACCGCAUCUUGGAAUUCUUGGCUGUCGGAAAGCUCAGAGGCACUGUUGAGGGCAAGAUCAUCUGCUUAGUCGGACCUCCCGGCGUAGGCAAGACUUCCAUCGGCAAGUCUAUUGCCAGAGCGGUCGAGCGACAAUUCUUCCGCUUCAGUGUCGGCGGUCUCAGCGAUGUGGCAGAGAUCAAGGGUCACAGACGGACGUAUGUCGGAGCCAUGCCAGGAAAAGCCAUCCAAGCGUUGAAGAAGGUUGGGACUGAGAAUCCACUUGUUCUGAUUGAUGAGGUGGACAAGAUUGGACGUGGUCACAAUGGCGACCCAUCGUCUGCCCUUCUCGAAAUGCUCGACCCGGAGCAGAACAGCGGUUUCUUGGAUCAUUACCUAGACGUGCCUGUUGACUUGUCGAGGGUCCUCUUUGUGUGCACUGCCAACACUCUGGACACCAUCCCGCAACCGCUCCUUGACCGUAUGGAGGUGAUCGAGGUCUCUUCAUACACAGCAGAUGAAAAGCGGCACAUUGCGAAGGGCUACCUUGCGCCUCAAGCGAAGGACGCAAGUGGCUUAAAGGAGGCUAAUGUCAACCUUCCGGACGACACCAUCGAAUUCCUCAUCAGGCACCACGCUCGCGAGAGCGGAGUGCGCAAUCUGCGCAAACUUCUGGAGAAAGUUUAUCGCAAGAUUGCGUACAACAUUGUGCGCGACCACGGCGAGACUGUGUUCCCAGAACCGAAGGAAGGAGAUCUACAACCAGCUACUGCAGCCUCGGCUGCCCCGACCACUGAUGAUGCAUCAGGCGCUAGCCCAGCUGAACCUGCUGGUUCUGCAGAGAGCAGCUCACAAUCUGUGACACCUCCGCCAGGUCCAAGCGAUAGCGCGGCGCCCGACAACCUGCCGAAGCCAGAUGAAUCAAGCUCUGAGAAGAAGGAGGACAAUGAGGUGUCAAGCAAGCCGAUUACCAGCGACACGCAAGCGCGCGAUGCCCCGCCGGAGCCGCCUUCCAAAACGACAACACAAAAGAGAGAGCCGAUGAAGGUGCCUGAUUCAGUGCAAGUGGAAAUCACAAUCGAUUCCUUGCGAGAGUACCUUGGACCACCGGUAUACCACAAGGAUCGCCUUUACACGAAGACGAUGCCUGCCGGUGUGUCGACGGGACUGGGCUAUUUGGGCAAUGGUAGCGGGAGCGUCAUGCCGAUCGAGACUAGCAUCAUGCCAGGCAAGGGUGGCGCCAUCAAGCUUACAGGAAAGCUUGGCGACGUCAUCAAGGAGAGUGCGAACAUCGCCUUGAGUUGGCUCAAGAGCAACGCAUACUCGUUGGGCAUUACGGAGGACCAGAAGACCAACGCACUCGAGGACCGCGAGGUCCACUUGCACAUGCCGGAAGGAUCCAUCGGCAAAGAGGGACCUAGCGCUGGUGUGGCUUUCAUCACCUCUCUCGUGAGCUUGUUGACCAACCGAUCGAUGCCCACCGAUUUGGCCAUGACUGGGGAGGUUUCUUUGCGUGGCAUCGUGCUGCCUGUCGGCGGGUUGAAAGAGAAGCUCCUGGCUGCCCACCGAAGCGGUAUCAAGAAAGUGAUUUUGCCUGCGCAAAAUCAACCCAACGUUGAAGCUGACGUGCCCCGAGUGGUGCUGGACGAUUUGGACGUCAAUUACGUGUCGAACGUCUGGUCAGCCCUUCACAUCGCUUUUGGUGAAGGACCAUGGUCUGCUAGAGCCAAAGAGCUGCAACAGCAAGAGCAGGAAGAGCUGAAGGAAGAGGAAGGUAGAAGACAUUCAGCGCAAAAGAAGGACGUCGAGUCCAGCGACGGAUAGCGCUUGAAGCAAUGAGCGCACGCUACAAAGUCUUCCUCUUCGUCUUGGCCCUGCGUCAGUAAAUUUGGCGCACUGUGCUGUAUUCGCGCGAGCGCGCUGAACGAUCAGGCAGCGCAUCUUCGGGGUUCUCACUGACUUAUUAAGUCACGAUUGUCCUGCGCAAGCAAGCCUCUGUACGAAUCCAGAGGUGUCUUGAGGCUUCGAUGCUCAUCUCCUCGCCAUGUCGUCUUGGACAAGCCGUUAUAGAAAGCACGCGUUCCAUUCUCACCUCUCAAUGCAAUAGUCUCACUGC